AUGAUAGAACGGAACCACUUUGAGGAAGGCCCCACGCCCCGUCCUCACCAACCAUGGAUCGAGACUCCCUUGGUGGAAUCAACGGUCUUGUCCAAGAUUGCUGGCUGCCGCAUCUUCCUUAAGCUCGAGAAUCUGCAGCCCUCAUCGUCGUUCAAAUCCCGAGGCAUCGGCAACUUGAUGCUCCAGUCCAUUGCAGACCGAGAGGCCGAGUCGUUCUCUCGCUCAACCGACACAAAUAGACCCCUACAUUUCUACUCCUCGUCAGGCGGGAAUGCCGGUCUCGCGUGCGUCACAGCCGCCACAUCACUAGGCUACGCCUCAUCCGUCGUCGUGCCGCUCAACACAGACGACGCGACGAUCGCCAAACUACGCGCUGCAGGCGCCACCGAGGUCCUCUCCCACGGCGACAGCUGGUUCUUCGCCGACCAGUACCUCCGCGAGACGAUCAUCCCCGCAGCCGAAGCGAGGGGCGAGCAAGGCGUGUAUAUCCACCCCUUCGACCACCCCGCGAUCUGGGCCGGCGCGGGCACCAUGGUCGAGGAGAUUUCGAGGCAGAUGCCUUGUGGCGAGAGACCCGACGCGAUCGUCUGCUCCGUCGGUGGCGGCGGAUUAUUCUCCGGCAUCAUGCACGGAGUAGACCGUGUGGGUUGGGGCAACGACGUAUGCGUCCUGCCCGUCGAGACUCGCGGCGCGGACUCCCUCGCCCAGUCGCUGCAGCAGGGCCAGCUCGUCACCUUGAAGGGGAUCACCUCCGUGGCCACGUCGCUUGGGGCCAUCCGUGUGGCGGAGAAUGCGUUCGUCCAGGCGCAACGACCAAAUGUGACGCCUGUGGUGCUCGAUGAUGCCGAGGCGUGUGCCGCGUGCUGGCGGUUUCUUGAUGACGAGAGGAUGCUUGUCGAACCGGCCUGCGGGGCGAGCAUUGCUCUCGCGUAUGCCGGCCGGUUGAAGCACUACUUGAAGGACAUCGCGCCGGGGAGUAAAGUCGUGAUUGUGGUCUGCGGGGGGAGCAAGAUCUCGCUGGACGUGCUGAAUAAGUAUAAGGACACGUACAGCGAGAGGAGUGAGGAGUUGGCCAAGCAGUAUGUCUAG